AUUGUUAGAGAUUGCUGGGAUAUUAUCAUGGAGCACUAUGAGCCAAGUGAUCUUGGUGAGAUGGUGUAUGAUCAUCUGUUCCGAUUGGCACCCAAUGUCGCAUCUCUCUUCACCCAACCGCGUGUUUACAUGGCAGUGAAGAUGGGUGACAUGCUCGGUAUGCUCGUUUCCUUCGCCGACGAUCCCGACAACAUGAAGCAGCAGGUCUCUUGCUUGGGCCUCAGACACGUAAAAUAUAGAGUAAGGCCUCACCACAUCCCCUUGAUGGGGCCUGUUUUCAUGAGUGUGCUCUCUGAAGCCGCUGGACCGGACUGGACCCCAGAAGUCGAGAAAGCCUGGGGGGUGGUCUUCUCAAUGGUUUGUGAGAGCAUGUCGGAG